UCCGGUUGGACAGAUUCCUUCGAGGCGUGGGCUGCAUCAUCUAUUGCGUGUUCAGUACCGCGGGUAUAAGACGGACCGUCGAUUUCCCUCGACAGUUCAGUCCUCUGAAAAGAAAUAUCACGAAAGGAUGGCCCUAGAACGUCAAGUCCGCGCCAAGAUCGCAGCCAAACGUGAUCCCGAGCAAGAACGCGAGGCUCAGGAAUGGAUCGAAUCCGUUCUUGGGAAAAAGUUCCCACCUGGCGAACUCUUUGAGGACGUUCUCAAGGAUGGUCAGGUUCUUUGUCACCUAAUGAACAAAAUUUCACCGGGAUCAAUUCCAAAGAUCAACACUGCCGGUGGACAGUUCAAGAUGAUGGAGAAUAUCAACGUAUUCCAGAAAGCACUCAAGGAUUACGGCGUAGCGGACGUUGAUGUCUUCCAAACGGUCGAUCUCUGGGAGAAGAAGGACAUAGCCCAAGUUAUUACGACUCUUUUCGCCCUUGGUCGUACGACAUACAAACACCCAGAAUGGAAGGGGCCUUAUCUAGGUCCGAAACCAGCAGAUGAGUGCAAGCGUGAAUUCACGGAGGAACAAUUGCGUGCCGGUGAAUCUGUAAUCGGUCUACAAGCCGGCUCCAACAAAGGUGCCACCCAAUCUGGACAAAGUAUUGGUGCCACUCGCAAAAUCCUCUUGGGAAAGUAAAUUCGAUAAACGAGCUAAUUUGUAUUUUAUAUGUAUGUAAAUAUGUAAUUACGGCAUCUUUUUUAACCGAUUAAUUUAUCGUUAUUAUUUA